UGUAACCGUAAAGAUAAGUUCAGUCGCGUCACAGACGCCGCAUUGUUAACAACUUUACCCAGCAGCCCAGCCAAGGCUCAAACGUACAAGAAACUAAAUCCAAAAAAUACACAAUUUUCUCCACAAACUAAACAAUUCUUCAUCAUCUUCGCUAUCUCUUUCUCUCCAAAACUAAAUUCAAAAAUAAUAAAUCGCGUUCAGUAUUAAAUAAAUAAAUAAAAAAAAAGAAAUAAACCCGAGUGUUAAAGAAUUGCAACAAGUUGUUGUUGCUUAUUGAUUCUAUGCGGAAACGGAAGCCGGUUGACAACACUGCGUAUGUGUAAUAUUUUUCUCGACGAAUUGCAAGCAACUUUUUUGUCGUCUGUGAGCAUUUUGAGAGACAUAAUCGAGUAAAUAUUUCUAUAUUUUUGUGGAAAAGCCAAUUUUGGAAAACUUUUAUGAUAAAAAAAAAAACUAUCAUCACGUGCUGAAAGAAAGAACAAUAAUAAUCAUUUUUGUGGUGCUCGCGAGUGAAAGUUAGUUGGGUGUGCGUGUGCGUGUGUUUAAGUUUAAGAAACGUCCUUGUGCCUCCUACUACUACUACUACUACAACAUCUAUUUAUAUACAUAUACACAAGAAAUAUAUACUAGAACGUGCGUAAAUCAUUACGUCCUCAGUUUCGCUUACGUCCUUAUUUUCCUUUCUGCGCAAACUCCAAACCAAAAAAAAUUGCAAAAAAAUUGAAAAAAAAACUUUUAGCAAGUUCAAGUCUAAGGACACACAACAACACAAAACAGCUGAGGCAAGGACAUGCUAGGCGAAAUGAAGCCUGAUUAUAGAAGCCAUCAUAGAAGUCACCAGGAAGGACACUCCACCGACCAGGACUAUUAAAAAGGAAGAAAGAAAAACGAAAAAAAGAACAUUUCUAUUGCCGCCGUGCUGGAUCACAAGCGCCGUUCAGGGCGCCGAACAGGUGUGUCUCUGUACCUGUCUUUGUGUUGUAAUUUUUGUGUGUUGUGUGUUUGUGUGUUGUACUGUUCUUCACAUAGCAUAAGAAUAUUAUAUUUUGGGUCUAUAAUGCGCGAUCGCCUUGCCUCGCUGAUUGUGGUGAAGCAAGAAGGCGGCAACAAUCAUCGGGAGGCCAUCGAACUGCUGCAGCCGGCCAUCAAGUGUGAAGCUUCACUGCACUACGAUAGCAACCUGUACCACGAGAUCAAUAAUAAUUCCUGCUACAGACAAAAUCUAAACACACACCCGCAAACACACCAGUCACAGCAACACCUGCAACACCAGCAACAUCUCCAGCAGCAGCAACAACUCCAGCAAGUGCAACAGCAACAUUCAUUGCCACCGCCCUUGCCACCUUUGAUUUAUCCUUGCCGCAAUCUCUUUCCUGACGGUUGCGAUAUCACUCACCUAGCCUGCUGCAGUUCCUCCUCCAUCGAUUCGCCCACAAACACUACCGGCACUCACUCCGCUUUUUUUGCCAAUGGAGACACGUGUGCAGGUGCAGCAAUAACAACAUCAGCAGCAGCAACAUCUACUGAGUCGAGAAAAAUAAAAUUGCUGGCCGACCUGAGUCCACGGGUCGCGGGGAAAUUGAAAAGCGAGAAAAGUGACAGUAACAGCAGCAACAGCAACUGUGACAGCUCAGCAGCAACAUCAGUAGCUGCUACCACAGCGGCAACAUCAACGACCCCAACAACAAACACUGCAACAGGAGGAGUCACAGCUACUGCAACUGCAACAGCAACUGCGAAGGCAACAACAGUAGCAGCAGCAGCACCAGCAGCAAUAAAUACAACAAAAAUCAGCCAAGUUAGGCUCAAUAACCAAGCGACAACAAGCAUGUUACUUUUGCAACCCAAUAGCUCCUUUAGUUCAUUGUCGCCCUUUGAUAAUUUCUCCACACAAUCCGCGACGACGAACUCAACUUCGUCGGCAGCUGGCCACCAAUUAAUCCAUCAGCAACAUCAUCAUCAGCAGCAACAGCAGCAGCAUCUGCAACAGCAGCAACAACACCACCAUCACCAGCAGCAGCAGCAACAUCUGCAACAUCAGCAAGAGCAGCAACAACAGCAGCAGCUCUUGAGCCCCCAACAACACCUAUUGAAAACCGAGUCCUUGCUGUCCCAUGAAGAGGAUCAGUUGAUCAGCAACCUGACCGAAUCGGCUGUAGUCUCCCACAGCGAGCUCUUUUCGGAUCUCUUCUUCCCCUCGGACUCCAACAACUCCCUGCUCUCGCCAACCACCAGCGGCUAUCCCGAUAAUCCCGCCGAGGAUCUGACCAGCUCCAUUGAGAAUCUCACCAAGUUGACUUGCCUGCGGGACAAGCGAUUGUCGUCGAUUCCAGAGCAGCAGCUCAGCUCCGAACAGGAGCAGCAACUGUGUUUGCUGAGUCUGCGAUCUAGCAGUGAUCCUGCAAUUGCCCUUCACGCCCAACAGCAACAGCAGCAACAACAGCAGCAGCAGCAACACCAGCAACAUCAACAGCAACAACAUCACCAGCAACUCCAGCUGAUCUCGCCCAUUGGAGGGCCCUUGUCGUGCGGCAGCAGCUUGCCGAGCUUCCAGGAGACCUAUUCCCUGAAGUACAAUAGCAGCAGUGGCAGCAGCCCCCAACAGGCUUCCGCAUCCGCCUCGGCAUCCGCAUCCGCGUCCGCCUCCUCAUCCAACACCGCUCCCACGCCCACGGACCAGGUACUUACCCUCAAGAUGGACGAGGACUGUUUCCCGCCCAUGGCACCGGCAAGCUGGAGUGCCAGUCCACCAUCGCAGCUCCAGCAGUUGCAUACAUUGCAAUCCCAAUCCCAGAUGUCGCAUCCCAACAGCAACAGCAAUAGCAACAACAACGGCAACAGCAACAACAACAGCGGUGCAUACAACUACCAUGGACACUUCAAUGCCAUCAACGCCAGCGCCAAUCUGUCCCCUAGCUCCUCGGCCAGUUCCUUGUACGAUUACAACGGAGUGUCCUCAGCGGACAACUUUUACGGACAGCAGCAGAGCUAUCAGCAACAUAACUACAAUUCGCACAAUGGCGAACGGUACUCGCUGCCCACGUUCCCCACCAUAUCGGAGCUGGCGGCUGCCACCGCUGCCGUAGAAGCUGCAGCAGCAGCGGCCACCGGCUCCUCCUCCUCGGCUGUGGGAGGACCAGCGCCCGUGCGACGAGCUUCAUUGCCCGUUCAGCGGACAGUCUCGCCCGCCGGCUCCUCGGCCCAGAGCCCGAAGCUGGCCAAGAUUACGCUCGGCCAGCGGCAUGCCCACGUCCAUCCCCUCCAGCUGAGCUCGGCCCCCAACUCGGCGGCCAGUUCACCGGCCAGUGCAGAUCUCCAUGCGGGCCGUAUGCUUCCAGCACCGUCGCAACUCUGUGCCGUUUGUGGCGACACCGCGGCCUGCCAGCACUACGGAGUGCGCACCUGCGAGGGCUGCAAGGGAUUCUUCAAGCGGACGGUCCAGAAGGGCUCCAAGUAUGUGUGCCUGGCGGACAAGAACUGUCCGGUGGACAAGAGGCGGCGGAAUCGCUGCCAGUUCUGUCGCUUCCAGAAGUGUCUGGUCGUGGGAAUGGUCAAGGAGGUGGUUAGAACCGAUUCGCUCAAGGGCCGAAGGGGACGACUUCCCUCCAAGCCGAAGUCUCCCCAGGAGUCACCGCCAUCGCCGCCCAUUUCUCUGAUCACCGCGCUGGUGCGCAGCCAUGUGGACACCACCCCGGAUCCCUCCUGCCUGGAUUACACCCACUACGAGGAGCCGUCGAUGAGCGAGGCGGACAAGGUGCAGCAAUUCUAUCAUCUGUUGACCAGCUCAGUGGAUGUGAUCAAGCAGUUUGCCGAGAAGAUACCCGGUUACUUGGAUCUCACGCCGGAGGAUCAGGAGCUGCUCUUCCAGAGCGCCUCGUUGGAGCUAUUUGUUCUCAGGCUUUCGUAUCGCGCCCGGAGCGAUGACACCAAGCUGAUCUUCUGCAAUGGGACGGUCCUGCAUCGUAGCCAGUGCCAGCGAUCCUUUGGCGAGUGGUUGAAUGACAUCAUGGAGUUCAGUCGCAGUCUGCACAGCCUGGAGAUCGAUAUCUCGGCCUUUGCCUGCCUCUGUGCCCUCACUCUGAUCACAGAACGCCAUGGCCUCCGGGAGCCAAAGAAGGUGGAGCAGUUGCAGAUGAAGAUCAUUGGCAGUCUGCGGGAUCAUGUCACCUACAAUGCCGAGGCCCAGAAGAAGCAACACUACUUCAGCCGGCUUCUGGGCAAGCUUCCCGAGCUGCGAUCCCUCAGCGUCCAGGGACUGCAGCGCAUCUUCUACCUGAAGCUGGAGGAUCUAGUGCCGGCGCCAGCUCUCAUCGAGAACAUGUUCGUCACCACAUUGCCCUUCUAAAGGGCUCCCAACCAUCAUCACAACACUGCUUCCUUAAACUAGAACUAAGUAAUGCCCCCUAAGAUAUACCCCUAUGUAGGUAAACCCCAUGAAAGAACCUACAUAACCCUAGAUCUAAUAGAACACCGAAAUAAAUAAAUCUCACUGAAAAGAAAGAAAAUAAAGUAGAGCCAGGCCAUAUCUUUAGAGUAGAGGUGUAGAUAUAUACUUUCGUUGGACAGCACCGCCCCUUGGAUAAUUACGGACAUGAAUAUUUGAGAGGCACAGAGAGGGUUUCCAGGCAGUGGGCUCCACUUCUCCAACAGAAACCUCCUGCGUGACUCGUCAGGUCCGGGAAUUACGUACAACUUGUUGACGUUAAUUGUUAAAUUGUUUAAUUUUAACUGUCAAAAUCAAUAGGCAGGCACGCAACGGAAUCACUUUCAAUCGUAUCCCCCUCUGGACUGAAGCUUGCUCAACGGACAAGCGGACAUAUACGGACAAACGGACACCACACGCUCUCUUGCCUUUUUGCUAAAUUCUAGUCAAUUGUUUUAGGCAAAGAAAAUAUACAUAAAUAUAUUUAAAUAUAUAAAAUAAAGCAGCAGCAAUAGAUUUAUAAUUUAGAUCACAAAUUGGAAAUAACUUCUGUUAGGAUUUUUUUUUAAUUUAAAAAAUAAAGAUACAAUUUUUAGGUACGAUCCCUAUUCCAGUUUUUGGAAAUCAACUAUCAUAUCAUUUAGCAAUGCCAUGCUUGCCGUUAGCUAAAGUUAAUACCCCUAUUUAAUACUUCUAUUAAAUCAUAAUCUAAGGCUUCUUUAUUAGAUAUAGACUAAGAUUCUGUUCGAUUUUUCAAUAGCACUCGAUUAGUGCACGAUGAGAGUUAAGGUACCUUUUUGUGAUGAUUGUGUCUGACACAGAGAGAGUUGCACACAAACACACAAGCUAGUUGAUAAGUAAUACUAUAUAUAAAUAAUCUAUUAAUACAAAAGCUACCACUUUAAACUAAAAACAGUGAAAAAGAACCCUUUUGAUUUAACCUUAACCACUCCACAAACUAUGUUCUCAAAGAAACGCAAAAUGGAUUCUCUAUGUGUGUGUUAUUUCUAUAGAAAAACCCCUCUAUGUGAUUUUGUGAUAGAUUGGCAUUGAACUCUAUAUUUAUAUAACAAAAAAUAAAAUUAAAAAAAAAAAAAUAAUUAUAUAUAUGUCUUAAAUAUAUAUAGAUGCAUAAAUAUAUAUUUUUAUGUCUAACUUUUUGUAUGGUUUAUUUUAUACGUACAACUUUUCUUUGAUAACGAAACAAGAAAAAUAAAAAUAUCGUUAGCUAGCAAAUAUAAUAAAUGUACGUUAUGAGGAAAUUUCAAAAAAAAAAAAAGUAUAAAGCCUUUAGCAAUUUUCCAAUUAAUGUUUGUAUUACAAGAAUACAUUUUCUAUGUGUAAAAUUCAAGACUUCUAUAAAUAAAACUAAUCUAAAACACAAUAUUUAUGUGAAAAACAUAUCUCUUUCAAAAUGCUUUCAAAUGCACAUAACACACAGAACAGAACAGAAUCCCAAAAGUGUUAUAAGUAUAUUGGCAUGCCCCAGAAGAUAAUGAAAUUUCAGUAACUAUAAACUUUAGAUAGAUCAUUAAUAAAUUAUUGUACUUGUAGCACAUCAAAUGUUCGACAACUAGAUUUUGUAUCAUCUUUAAGAAGAACUUAGGCCAAGAUAAGCUAAGUAUAAACCAUGAUCUGCAUGCGGCUAAGCUGAAGCUACAAAUAAUAAUAAAAACUAAUAAUAAUAAUAGUAAAUCAUACAAACUAUCCUAAUCGAGAGUUGAGAAGUUUAGAAAAAAAAGCAAAAAAAAUAUAGAGCAAUAAAUAAGGAUAAUGCACUCUGAAAAGAAACUAUAUAACUAAAAGUAAACUAAACCUGAACUUGUAACGGUUAGGAACGGGAUUUAAAACAGGAUUAAAACAGGAACAGUUAGGUGACCAAAACAGUUUGAAACGAGAAGUUAGAUAGGUUCGGGUUCGAAACCCUCAAAGCGAUGCCAUUUUUUAGCCGUUACAACAAUGAGUACAUUGGUAUAUCAAUCAUGCACAUGAAUAUUAUUACAAAAAUUAUUGAUAUAUAUAUUAUAUAUUUAGGAUUUAGGAACCUACUUUGUACCUACCUAAACCUACACACUCACAAAAAUGAUAAAAAAUAUAUAUAUUUUGAAUAGAGAGACAACUUUUACAAGUUUCAAGUACUUCUGGCACAAAAAGCUAUAGCUGGAUAUGGCCAUACCGAAGCGAACAUAUAUACAUACAUAUACCUAUAGUUUGAUUUAUUGUUCUUUUUUGUAAUUUUAUAAAAAAACAAAUGCAUAAAUAUUUAAUAUACAUGAAUGUCAAGUGUGGAUUCAUAUUUUUGAGAUACAGUUACAAACAAAAUAGUAAAAAAAAACGUGAAAUUUUUCGAUAAAACGAUUUUAAAUGAGAACUUUUUAAUAUUGCUAUAAAAAAUGAUAUAUACACAUUAAUAAAAACAUACAUAUACAUAUAUAUUUUACUAUGUAACAAUUAGAAUUAAGCUAGAAGCAGCGCAUAAAGCUUUAUACAUAAAAAAAAAGAGAAAAACUUACAAAGAAAUUGGCACAAAUUAAAUUAAAAAAAUAGUAUUAAUUAGGCGUUUUUUUCUAAAGAUAAUAUUAUUCGUCAAAUGUUAUAACAGACACACCCCUCACACACACACUCGGUUAGUAAACCCCACAACAGAUAUCUUAAGCUAUAUCCAACCUAAUUAUGCGCCUACUACUAGAAUGAGAUAGAACACAGAGAAUGGAGGUGAAACCUAAAGACGCUAUAUGUAUACACCUAACAUAUAUCUAUCUGAUAGAUGAGUACCGAUACCGAGGAGCGUUAUAGCUACAUACUUACAUACUAUAUAGCCCGUUGUGUAAUUUUAUUCUUAUUUGAUUUAAAAGAGUAUCAUUUAAAUGUUAAGUAACCUGCAAUUCAAAUACAUAAAUCUGAAAUCUGCAAUCUGCAAUAUGAGAUACCAAGCAAGCAAAGCGAAUUAUUUCAUUUCGAUUUAAAUUUACUGUUAAAUUAAAUACCUAAAUAUUUAAGCCCAAAAACCAGACAAGUUUUUCUAUAUCUGUCUUUUGAGCAAAUUAGUUAUACGAAAACCAAACCGUAUUUACAUAAAUGUAUACAAAACAAAUCGUAUAUUUUCAUUGGUUUGCAAUAAAAACAUAAAACAAUUUA